AUGUACCUUCCUCGUCGGGCUGGUAAACCAAUUCACUUCUUCUCUUAUUUACCGUCACGUUCAAAGACUGAUUUUGCUUUUACCAAGGACUUCAACAUGAUCGCGACCGCCGUGCCUGCUAUUACAUCUGACUUUCAUUCUCUCGGUGACGUGGGAUGGUACGGAGGGGGUUUCUUCAUUGCUCUCUGCACGACUCAACCGUUGGCUGGAAAGGCAUACACACUCUUUCCUAAGAAAAUCGUAUACCUCAGCUCCCUAGCCUUGUUCGAGGUAGGAAGCUUGGUCGGUGCCCUGGCCCCCUCUUCACCUUGCCUUAUUGCCGGUCGGGCGAUCGCUGGAUUUGGCGCCUCGGGUAUCUUCGCAGGAGGACUGGUGAUCUUGACUACUGUGAUUCCUAUCUACAAACGGGCCGUCUGGAUAGGGACCCUGAAUUCCACAUUUGCUGUUGCGGCCAUUGUGGGUCCCGUGGUUGGAGGAGCUCUUACCCAGCACGUCACUUGGCGAUGGUGCUUUUGGAUCAAUUUGCCAAUUGGUGGCUUCUCUGCAAUUGUGGUGCUCAUUUUCUUCCAUGUCAAAGCGGCAGUCUCUGAGAAAAUACCUCUGGUAUCAAAGCUCCGAAGUUUGGAUCUUGUUGGCUUUAUACUGUUCGCCAGUGCGGUCGCGAUGCUACUCUUAGCACUUCAACUAGGUGGAACCGCAAAUUACGCCUGGAACUCCGCAAAUAUAAUUGGACUCUUUGUUGGGGCCGGUAUAGUCCUUUGUGUGUUUGUACCUUGGCAACUCUAUAUGAAAGACACAGCACUGCUACCACCACGGCUUUUUGCUAGCAGCCGAAAUGUUAGCCUGAUCUGCGUCUCCGCAUUUUUUUCCAAUGGUGCAUUCCAAUGCGUUAUCUACUGGCUUCCUAUCUGGUUUCAAGCCGUUCUGGGCGUUUCACCAACCUCGAGUGGCGUCCGAUAUUUGCCAACAGUUAUCUCUGAUGUGCUUACCUCUUUGAUCUCGGCUGGUUUAGUCACCACGUUUGGGAUUUGGAACCCUUUCCUCAUUUUCGGUACCAUGAUGACAUCGAUUGGAGGGGGUCUUUUGUCGACUCUCUAUCCUACUAUCUCCGAGGGUCAUUGGAUCGGCUACCAGAUCCUUGGAGGAAUUGGAUACUCGCUUAUCGUUACAAUUGGUCACCUCGGCACCCAGGCCUCUCUGCCAGCCGAGCUUGUUCCUUUAGGCGCAACCAGUCUCCUUUUCAUGAUCUCAGCAAGUUGUGCCAUUUUUCUCGCCAUUGGUGACGCAAUCUUUGAGGCUCAGCUAAGAAAGCACCUAAAUGGUGUUGUUUCCGCAACUCUUGUCGAGGAGGUUAUCUCUACAGGCGCCACCCAUGUGAGAUCAGUCAUCCCGGAUGAAUCACUUUCUGUUGUCAUCGCCGCGUAUAGCAAGGCCGUGACACAAGUAUUUUACCUGACUGCUGCUGCUCCUGUUAUAUCAUUCAUGUUUAUUGUGUGGACCAAGUGGACAUCUGUUAAGAAGCCUGAAGCGAAAGAGAAAAAAGAUGCACCUGACCUUGUGUGA